AUGGACCUAAAGCUAAAAAAUCCUGACUUCUGGUACAGUCUUCAUGGAUAUGUUCCAGGACUUCUGGACUGGGACAUGGGGAAUGAGUUCUUCUUGCCUUGUACCACAGACCAGAGCCCUUUAUCUGAGCAGAACCUUGCUAAAUACAAAAUACGAGUAAUGAAGCCCCCAGAAGUACCCCAGGAGUGGAAACCUGGUCCUGAUGAAGAUGUUCCUCAGUCUGAACCCAACUUGUGGAUGUGGGUGAACCCAAACAUUGUGUGCCCUCUCAGCAGCCAGGAGGCCCCAAAGCCCAAUAGUAAGGAUCUGACAAGCAUGGCUUCUUCCCCUCAGGCACCCACAAAAGAUGAAGAGUCUAACUUCUCAGAGGCUCAGGGAGUGUUGGAGUCCCUGCCACUUUCCUCCAGUGAUCAGUUUCUCCAACAGAAGCAACGCAUCUCUUUCCCAUGUGACUGUGAGCUUACAGAAAAGGAUGCUGAGGAAUCCUUAACAAAAGGGAUGGCUUUCAGAAGCCAAAGCUGUGGGUGGCAAGCCAACAACCAGGAAAGGAAAUCCUGGCCACGGCCCCCACUCAAUUAUAGCCAUCUCAUUGCCCUAGCAUUAAGAAACAGCCCUCCUUGUGGUCUUAAUGUGCAACAGAUCUACAAUUUCACUCGACAGCAUUUCCCCUUUUUCUGGACAGCUCCAGAUGGCUGGAAAAACACCAUUCACCACAACCUCUGCUUCCUGGGCAGCUUUGAAAAGGUGCCAGUCACUGUUCAGGAUGAGGCUGAUGCAAAACCUCGCUCUUGCCUCUGGAGGCUCACCGAGGAGGGACACCGCCACUUUAAGGAGGAUACCCGUCUCUUAGCCUCUGCUAGAAGAGAGAGCAUCCAACAGUGCAUGAGCCAACCAGAUUUGAUGCCCUCCCUCUUUGACCUUUGA